GCACAAUUAAAUGCUAAAAAUAAUCAUCAAGUUAUAGAGUGGAUUGAAUAUGAUAAUUUUAAAGAUGUUGAAUAUUUAGCAAAAGGAAGAUUUGGUACUACUUUUAAAGCAGUUUGGAAAGAUGGUUUUAUAUUAUAUUGGGAUAAUGACAAUAAUCAAUUGGUAAGAGAAGGCGAAACAAAAGUUGCUUUAAAAUUUUUGCAUAACUCACAAGACAUUACAACAGAUUUUUUAAAAGAGGUUGUGAAAUUUCAAAUGGUUUUGUAGUUCGUUGUUUUGGUAUUACCAAAGAUCCAAAAACAAAUAAUUUUAUAAUGGUGAUGGAAUUAAAAAAUGGUAAUUUAAGACAACACUUAAAUAACAAUUUCAUUUCACUGAGUUGGGAUCGAAAGUUGCAAAAUUUAUUGGGUACUAUAUCUGGUCUUAAAGAUAUUCAUAAUGAAGGAUUAAUUCAUCAUGAUUUUGAUUGUAGGAAUAUAUUAAGCGAUUUUAAUGAUUUAACCUUUAUUACUGGUUUUGGAUUAUGUCAACAGGCAAAUGUCAAAUCCUCUCAAAAUAGUGAUAAAAAAAUAUAUGGAGUAUUACCUUAUGUAGCUCCUGAAGUUUUAAGGGGAAAAGAAUAUACUCAAGCAAGUGAUAUUUAUGGUUUUGGAAUUAUUGCACAUGAAAUUUGUAUAGGUUUCCCUCCUUAUCAUGAUAUAGCUCAUGAUGAAUUCUUAGCAAUAAAAAUUUGUAAGGGAUUGAGGCCAAAGUCUAAUUAUAAAAUACCUCAAUUAAUUUUUGAUGUUAUUAAUCAAUGUUGGGAUGCAGAUCCUUUAAAACGACCUGAUGCAGAUGAAUUAUUUAGGCUAAUAUCGAAAUUAUCCUAUCAUGCUGUUGAUAAAGAUUCUGUGAUCUAUAAGCAAAUCAAAGAAGCAGAUGAAAUUAAUAAUAAAUCAUCGUUUUCAACAGUCCAAUCAUCAUCAUCGUCUACUAGUAUUCUCUCAUAUAUGACACAUCCUCAAGCAGUUUAUACAAGCAAACUUUUAGAUUUUAAAAAUCUUCCAGAACCCAAAAAUGCGGACAAUGAUGAUUUAGAAUAUUCAGAUUCCUUAAGAAUGGAUUUUACUAAACUUGAUAUUAAUUAUAAAGAUGGAAGAAAUUAAACACAUUUUACAAUUAAACACAUUUUACUUUAAAUGGAAACUUUUAGUAUAUAAAAAAGCAAAAUAGAUAUAAUUUAUUCUUAUUUUAUUUUGAACUUGGAGAUAAUUUUUUAAUGUUAUUUUGAGUCAUUUUAAGAUAAAAAUUGUAAUGGAAGUAAUGGAAUUAAAAAUUAUUAUUUUAUUUUUUUAUUAAUAAAU